CCAAACAGCGACACUCACGCUGCUCCUGUCAGUUCAUCUUUACUGAUUAAAACCUUUCUGUUCCUGACUGUGUCCUCUCCACCGGCUGCUACUGAUGUCCGCUGCUCCGGGAGAAGAUGUGGUCAAACACUGGGAGAGCGAGCAGGCUCGUCUCAGACUGCAGGUGGUGGAGGAGGACACCGAGGACUGGCAGCGGAGUCCAGACUUCCUGGGCCUGGAGAGAGUCGGAGGAGUGGACCUGUCUUUUAUCAAAGGGGAUGAUGUCAACGCCUGCGCCCAACUGGUGGUGCUCAGCUACCCCGACCUGGAGGUGCUUUAUGAAGACAGUCAGAUGGUGACCCUGACGGCCCCCUACAUAGCGGGCUUCCUGGCCUUCAGAGAAACCCCCUUCCUUCUGGAAGCUCUGCAGCGGCUGGAGAAGAGCCAGCCCCAACUUCUGCCUCAGGUGGUGUUUGUGGAUGGGAAUGGUCUCUUCCACUACAGAGAGUUCGGCCUGGCGUGUCAUCUCGGAGUGCUGUCGGGGCUGCCGUGUGUGGGCGUGGCCAAGAACCUGCUGCAGGUGCAGGGUGUGAACAAGAGUGAAGAGCACCAGUCACAGAUAGAUGCUCUGCAGAAAGGAGGAGACAGCUUCCCACUCACAGCCGCCUCAGGCAAAGUGCUUGGAAAGGCAUUGCGAAGCUCCAACAAGAGCUCUAAGCCGGUGUACGUGUCCAUCGGCCACAAGAUCAGUGUGGACACAGCUGUACGCCUCACACACUCCUGCUGCCGCUACCGGGUCCCAGAGCCCAUCAGACAGGCCGACUGUCGCUCCAGAGAAUACCUUCGCACACACUUCCCAGGUGCAGAUACAUGAAAUGCGGUGGCAACAGAUGCAAUGAAGGAUCUCAAGAACUCUGAAGACCAGCAAGUACAGAAGAACACCAAAAGUCUCUUAUGGAGAGAGAGAGUCUGGCGGUUUUAGUCUGGGUCAAUACUAAAACAACAGGACAGAUUAACUCUAUCUUUUUAUGCACUUGUCCCAUAUUCAAACUGGGUAUGGGUCAGACCGGCUCUUUUUAUACACUGUUCUCAUUACAUUUUUGGGUCACUCAGGUUUUUCACACUGGGAGCCUUGUGAAUAAAUCAUAAAUG